AUGUCUGAUGCCAAGCUCCCGACACCCGAGGGCGGGCUUUCGAGCAGAGAUGCUGAAGCUUUGAUAUCGGACGAGGCACCGAUCUCAGAGCUAGAGGGCCAGCCAGCAUCCAAACCCCAGCAACACGACGAUCCGCCCCCGACAUAUGGAGAGUCCCAUAGCCAUAUGCGAUUCUCGCAGCCCGGCUUUGAGGCCGACGCUUCACUCACAGACGCCGGUCGAGUCAGUAUCAACAUCAACACCAAGAACCGGAGACUUGCCGACCUGCUAGCCCCGUCGAUUGCGAGCCAGGCUGCCCAAGAUAGUGGGCCUACCCCGUCCCCGGCCUACAUCCCUCCUUCGCUCGGUGGGUGGCCGGGACAGAGGCCGCCCACGCGUCUCAACGUCGUCGUCCAGAUCGUGGGGUCUCGCGGCGAUGUUCAGCCCUUUGUUGCCCUGGGAAAGGUUCUCAAGGACACUUACGGCCACCGGGUGCGCAUCGCGACCCACCCCACCUUCAAGUCAUUUGUUGAGGACAGCGGGCUCGAGUUCUUCAGCAUAGGCGGCGACCCGGCCGAGCUUAUGGCCUUCAUGGUGAAACAUCCGGGUCUCAUGCCCGGGUUCGAUGCCAUCAAGAGCGGCGAGAUCACAAGGCGCCGCAAGGGUAUAGCGGACAUGAUCUUGGGUUGCUGGAGGUCGUGCAUCGAGUCGGGCGACGGGUCCGGCCCUGCCCCGCUGUCCACCACCGAGAACAUAGAUCUGUACAACGGCAUCCCGCGUGACGACGGCAGGGACCCAUUUGUCGCGGAUGCCAUCAUUGCUAAUCCACCUAGCUUUGCACACAUUCACAUCGCCGAGAAGCUGGGUAUUCCGUUGCACAUGAUGUUCACAAUGCCCUGGACACCUACCCGAGCCUUUCAACACCCCCUGGCAGACAUCGCGUCUACCAAUGCCGACGAUGUCAUGACAAAGUACUUAUCGUACACUUUCGUCGAGAUGAUGACCUGGCAAGGCCUUGGAGAUGUCAUCAACAGGUUUCGAACAAAGGUUCUGGACCUUUCCCCUCUGUCUUUGAUGUGGGCUCCCGGCCUGCUGAAUCGCCUCAGGAUCCCUUAUACUUACUGCUGGUCACCGGCUCUCAUCCCCAAGCCCAAUGACUGGGGAUCAAACAUUGACAUUUCGGGGUUCUUUUUCCUCGACUUGGCAUCCUCCUUUACGCCGGACCCCGAACUCGGCGCCUUCCUUGAGGCUGGACCACCACCCGUGUACAUUGGAUUCGGCUCCAUCGUCGUCGAUGACCCAGAUGCCAUGACCCAGAUGAUAUUCGACGCCGUCAAGGCUAGCGGUGUACGUGCCCUCGUCUCCAAGGGAUGGGGAGGCCUCGGUGCGGACGAUAUCGGCGUCCCCGAGGGUGUCUUCAUGCUCGGAAACGUUCCCCAUGACUGGUUAUUCCAACAUGUGUCUUGCGUCGUCCACCAUGGCGGUGCAGGCACCACUGCAGCGGGAAUCAAGGCAGGCAAGCCGACGGCCGUGGUGCCCUUCUUCGGUGACCAGCCCUUCUGGGGCUCCAUGAUCUCCCGAGCCAAGGCCGGUCCCGAACCGAUCGCCUAUAAGAAUCUCACAGCAGAGAAGCUGGCCGAGGCCAUCAAGUUCUGUCUCAAGCCGGAGACUGUCCAGCAGGCCAAGAUUUAUGGAGAGAAGAUUAGGGAGGAGAAGGGGACCGAUGUUGGAGGCCAGAGCUUCCACAAUCACCUGGACAUCGACGCCCUGCGCUGUUCGAUUGCGCCCAGUCGAACGGCCAUAUGGCGCAUCAGGAGGAGUAAGGUGCGGCUCAGCGGGUUGGCGGCGGCUGUGCUUGUCAAGGCCGGCCAUCUCCAGUACUCUGACCUCAAGCUGUACCGCUCUCGCGAGUACAAUACCGAGGACCAGCCCCCCGAUCCCAUCUCAGCGGCCACCUGUUCUCUUGUCAUGGACGCGAGCGGCAUAGGACUGGCUAUAGCAGACAUGCCUCGCGAACUAUUCAAGGGCCGGUCACGUAAGACGACCGAAGAUGAGGACAGCGCUUCGACUUCCCCAGCAGAAACGCCCCAGGCUGGUACAGCAUCAGCGGCGAAGAACCCAGGUUCCCAUCAUGCCAGCACACCUACCGACUCCCAGAAUCCAUUGCGCCGAGAGUCCUCUUCGGCAGACGCACCCUCCGACGGCACGGCACAGACGGGGAAGACUUCCAACGACCGUCUGAAGACUUCCAGAGAAUCGUCCCCCCGUGACAAAAGGCCAUCGCCAUCCAGGGAGCCAUCACCCUCUAUCGGUAUGGACACCGCAAUUGGUGCUGGCCGGUCUGUCGGCCGUAUCGUGACAACGGGAGUCAAGACGCCAAUGAACUUCUGCCUUGGGCUCGCCAAGGGUUUCCGAAAUAUUCCCAGGCUGUACAAUGACGAUACCGUGAGACAACCGGAAAAGGUGACUGAUUUCGGAAGCGGCAUCAAGGUUGCUACCAAGGAGUUUGGAUUUGGACUGUAUGACGGUAUCUCGGGUCUGGUCACGCAGCCGAUGAGGGCGGCCGAGAAGGAGGGCGCCUCUGGUCUCAUCAAAGGAUUUGGAAAAGGGAUAGGAGGUUUGAUAACGAAGCCAGCAGCAGGAGCCUGGGCCGUUCCAGCCUACACCAUGCAAGGUGUUCACGCUCAAGUGACCAAGCUCUUCGCCAAGAGCAACGAGAACUACAUCAUCACGUCGAGAAUCAUCCAGAGUCAGAGGGAUCUGGCUGCCUCCAGCGCCGAAGAGCGAGAUGACAUUGUAGGCCGCUGGUCCAGCGGCGCCAUCGACCGCAAGACUCUCGAUCGUCUACGGAAGAAGGACUAUGCAGCUCAAGGGUCUAGGUCGCCGAGUGCUUCUGCCGAACCAUCAUCGUCCUCAUACAUUCCGCAUGAUCUGCAAACUACCAUUGCAAGUGCGCGUGCGGGAUGGAUGGGCAAGCUGUCGCUCUUGGACGAGCGGUUGAGAGACGAGAGGUCCAAGUACAACUCGCGUAAGGAGGGGAAGAGGCCUGUCACCGCUGCCACAGCCGCUGCUGAUCAGAAAGCCUCCGAGGACGCCGAGUUCGAGCAGGCCAUACUUGCUUCCGUAAGUGAGACAUCGCGAGGGAACCCUGAGGAGGACGCGGCCGUCGAAGACGCCAUCCGACAGAGCGUCAAUGCUGUGCGUGAGCGGGGUGAGCUGCCGGACCCCGUCAUGCCGGCUGGAGACACCGUGUCGUCAGAGAAGGAUCCAAACAUCUUCGAGGACAAGGAGUACCAGAUCACGGAUGAGGAGUACCGCGAUCUCAUCGAGAAGGCCAUCAGGGAAAGUAUGGUAGAUGGCGGGCCGCACUUCCCUCAGGAGUCUGGGCUUUCAGAGGCCGCGGGGUCAGCGCGGCGGCAUGACGACGACGGCGAUUUCAAGCGCGCCAUGGAAGAGUCCAGGAAGGCAGCUGAACCGCCAGCUUACCAGGAGCAACCUCCGCAGCAUGGCGAUGGCAAUGACGACGAGGCAGAGCUGCAGCGGGCCAUAGAGGCGUCACGGAGCGAGGCGGAUAGAGAGAAGAGAGAAGAGGAGAUCGUGAUGGAUUAUGUCAAGAAGCAGAGCGUUGCAGAGGAGGAGAUCAGAAAGUCGAGGCAGGAGACGGGUAAGAAGUCGCAGGAUGAUGACGGUGAUCUCGAGAGGGCAAUAGAGGAGAGCCUCAGGGUCAGCGGGAAAUCGGCAGGUGAAGGUUCAGGGAGCGAUAGUUGA